AUGCUUGUCCUAAAACGUUGUUUGGUGCGGCAGCUGUGUCGCCAUCCAGAGGUCAGCGUUCUUUGCCUAUUGGCCGGAAUAUUGUAUAUUUACACAAUUUUUUCCUCCUCUGGGAACCCAAAUCCUCGUGUCCUUCAUCCUCGAUUCAAUAAGGUAAACAAUUUAUAGCAUACAACUGAGACGAGUUCGUAAUUGUUUCACGGGGAUAUUGCAUCAGUAAUACGUGCCGAAAGUUUUCCUUUCACAAAAGCUGCUCGCUAUCAAUUCCGUGAAAGAAGUUGUGUUAAGUGGAUAGUAUAUGGCGUGACCUUCUUGUAUCGUUAUUUAAUAUGAGAAUGAGCCUUUCGUGUAAAUACAUGUUAACGACUGGUUCAUUCAUGCCAAAGCACUUGGAUAAUUUGCUCUCGAUUUCCAAGCUGAUACUCAACAUGGGCCUCUCGCUCAUCAUAUAUCAUGCGAUAGAUCGAAUUUAAAAUCUACUAAGUGUUGAACAGUUUCAAAUUUUUCAGGAAUAGAUAAAAUCUUCGGGGUCCAUUUAAGAUGGAGAGUAUGUAAUCAUUAGUAUAUGCUAAGAACAUGGAAAGGGGAACGCGUGCGGGAUUUGCGCAUUUUGUACUCGCUGCAGGAAGCGAGGUAAACACACUCACAGCGAGCCGCCGCCACUUCGCGGCUUGAUAAUUAUCCACCACCAGCCACCAACACUGAGACGAGUGGUUGUUAACUGUCACUGCAUAUACCAACAGGAUCCAGUGAUGAACAAGGCAAUUACUGGCCUUUCAGAGCUAACACCGUACAAAUUUGACGAGCCAAGGCCUGUUUCACCGAUAACUUUGGAGGUUAGAAGUGUUGUAAGGCUGAAGUCGCAAUAGCUUACAGUACAUUUUUCCUCAAACUCAUGGAAUAUUUAAGUUUUGCAGAAAAUGUCUAAGAAAUUUUAUAUAGUUCCUGUUAAGAUCGUCACUAACAUAAGAGAGCCAUUUAUUGAUAUUACAAAUUUGAAGAGUUUCCAGUCCAAAGGGUUCACACAGCACAAUGUGAUUUCCUAAUAGCGUUAUGUGACUAACGAGAAAAACAAUAACAAAGAUGACAUCAUACCACCAACAAAAAUGACCACAAAACUAAUAUUGCCCAACAACGGAGAGGCCCGAGGAGUAAUGGUUCAUAUGCAAGUAAUUUAGACUUGAAUUGAAACGUUUUCAUUCAAACCUCUUUGACACCUGCUAGACGUUAAUUUCAAUUCAUGAAAAAAUUUGCGGAAGGUUAUUUAGGAUAGGCUCUUUGUAGAACAAAUUGCAAGGAUCAGUUCAUCUCCUCCAGUUUCCAAUCUGUUGUUUGAGCAAGGAUUUCAAAGUAUUUCACUUCUUGCCUACUCUGGUUAAACUGAUUUUGUACUAGAGUCAAGUGACCCAGGAGAAUACAGGUGACGUCAUACCGGCCGAGGUGACAAUAGCAGAGCCUAUAAGGAGUCACGUAGCGCAGAGUCAGAACAAUGACGUUAAACCAGCCGAGGGGACAAUAGCAGAGCCUAUAAGGAGUCAUGCAGUGCAGAGUCAGAAUAAUGACGUUAAACCAGCUGAGGUGAAAACUGCAGAUUCAGUGAGGAGUCAUGCGGCGCAGCCAAUGACGUUAAACCAGCCGACAAUUCAUGCCUAUAAGGAGUCAUGUAGUGCAGAGUGAACAAACGUUAAACCAGAACAUUCAUGACAUUGACGUUAAACCAUCCGCAGAGACAACAGCAGAGCCUACAAGGAGUCAUGCAGUGCAGAGUCAGAACGAUGACGUUAAACCAACCGAGGAGAUAACAGCGGAGCCUAUAAGGAGUCAUGCAGUGCAGAGUCAGAAUGAUGACCUUAAACCAGCUGAGGUGAAAACUGCAGAUUCAGUGAGGACUCAUGCGGCGCAGAGUCAGAACGAUGACGUUAAACCAGCCGAGGUGACAACCGCAGAGCCAAAGAGGAGUCAUGCAGCGCAGAGUCAGAACGAUGACGUUAAACCAGCCGAGGAGACAACUGCAGAGACAGUGAGGAGUCAUGUGGCGCAGAGUCAAAACAUUGACGUUAAACAAGCCGUGGGGAAAAGAACAGAGCCCAUAAGGAGUCAUGCGGCGCAGAGUCAGAACGAUGACGUUAAACCCUUCGGGGAGACAACAACAGAGCCCAUAAGGAGUCAUGCAGUGCAGAAUCAGAACGAUGACGUUAAACCAGCCGAGGAGACAACUACAGAGCCAAUGAGGAGUCAUGCAGCGCAGAGUCAGGACGAUGACGUUAAACCAACGGAGGAGACAACUGCAGAGACAGUGAGGAGUCAUGUGACGCAGAGUCAGAACAAUGACGUCAUACCAACGGAGUUGACGAUGGCAAACCCGUCAUUACAAACUAACGUGGAACCUGAAGAGGAAGACUCGUAUACUCAGGUAAUUCAGUCUGAAGAUAAAAAAAAUUGUUUAACAUUUGUUUUAGAUUCUUUCCUUGAAGUCUCACAAAGGUUCUGCCAAACCCCCUGUUUUCAUGGGACAAAUUGAAAAGUGCGUACUUAGAAGUAUUUUCAUAGCACUUCCGUGAACUUACUUUCAUGUUUUUUUCGGAUGACGUUUGUUCCUCAAAGCUCAAAUUUUUACUCCACAUUUGCUGUAGAAAAGUGUUCUUAUUAUCGAAAAAGAAAAUGCCCGUGCAUCAUUCGUUUUAGAUUGAGGCUUUUGAUUUUAUUUCUUUAACCCGUCCGCUCUGUCUCCUCCCCCCUCUCCCUCCCCCUCCCCUCCCCUUGUUACUUUCCUUUGACCUGCAUUUACCAUUCCCAUAAGUCCUCCAUCUUCUCUUCUAAGCGAUGAUCCCGGUUAAUAUCUCACCUGAAUUAUUUACUUAGGAGAAAAAAAUGGAAAUGCCAGGUGGGGACAUGAAAUGUGAAGCAAAUGAAAGUUGUCAAGGUUUUCGAGUCGAAAGCCCCGAACAAGCGAAAAUCGUUUGCAACAAAUAUGGUCUCCGUUGCAAGGGCUUCGUUUAUUCCUUGAAAUCUGGUAAAUUCAUCCUAAAAGGCGAGUUGACGGAUAAAAUAGUGUUUUCAACUGAGCAUGACCUCUAUGUAAAGAGUGACUUCGCGCAAAGUAAUAAAACUUUGCAACAUGGCAGCUGUGCUGUACCAUUGGAUCAGUUCCAGUCUUUUUCUGACGGAUGCCGCUUGCCAGAGCUUGACCCAAAUGACGAAAGUAUAAUACAGCUUAUCUCCCGACCAACCCCAAUUCAGUGCCCAGGCUUCCAGCUGACACGCUACGAGGGAGGAGUCUUGGAACUUACGGAGGAAAUCAGUAAAGGUAAGGAGGCGCAGCCAAGUGGAGGUAGUUAGUGCACUGCAAUCUAGCUCCAGGUUCGCUCUCAAGAUCUCUCCCCCCUUGCCCUCUCAGGGCAUCAAAGAGAGAUAGAGAGACCCUGACUCCAGAUCAAGAGAUCGAUGUUCGAGCCCUGUCCUCACAACUGUCUUGAGUUCUCUGCUAAGUCAUUUCACUCGCGGCGCCUUUCCUCUCACUUCUACCGAAGCAUAAAUGGUAUUACCAAACUUAAACUGAAGAAAUUUUUUAGGAGGAGUUGCAGGGAACGUGCGAUGAACUCAGAAAGAGAGGCAAUUCUCCUUGUCGAAAACAGGGUCACAGGUUUAGGAAAGAGUUGACAGACCCGUUCUUACUAGGUUUUAAGCUUACAACACAAUUGAAAGAUAUCCGAAAUAAAUAUGCUAAAUGUAUUGUUUUAGGGCUGACUGAUGGAAGUUCUUGCUUUUGCAGUCGAUAACAUCACAGCAAUAACUUAUCAACCCAUUCUACGUCCUGAUCACAAAGACUGGGGAUUCGUAUCGGGAGAUGCGGUUAAUCUUCAAACACAUGAAACAAAGUUCCAACUGGGCUCGGAAUUCGUCCGAGUUCAGCUUAGCACUGCAGAUGGCAAAAAACACGUGGAAUACCACGCUCAAGUCAUCCCCAGAUCCUUGACACAGGCUAACAGCAAAGAAGGCCUUCCGCUAAGCGUCGUCGUAAUAGGAUUUGAUUCAUUGUCCGCAGCUCACUUCCAAAGGGCUCUACCUGAGGCAUACAAGUUUAUGUCUGAGGAGCUCAACUCAUUGUUUCUCAAAGGUUACUCUGUCGUCGGUGAUGGAACCACUCCUGCGCUAACAGCGCUCAUGACAGGUACGAAUACAAAACGGGUUCAAACAGGCAAGAGAUAAUUUUAACCGAAUUUUUGCUCCGAAUAAUAUUAGCCGAUCAAUCACGUCCGAAAAUUUUAAGUUAUGAUAACAAUCAUUCUUAUAUACCGCUGACUUUAACUCAACGCAUCAUGUUGCCUCCACUGUAGGUAAAUUUGAAUCAGAGCUUCCUGAAGCUCGACGGCAGUUCCCGGAUACUGCAUCUCUAGACCGCUGGCCACAUAUAUUUAAGGACUUCAAAGAAAAGGGUUACGCAACAUUGUUCAGUGAGGACUGCCCGGCGUACGGAGCGUUUAACUAUCGACUUCAUGGCUUCACAGAGCCACCUACCGAUCAUUUCUCACGUUUCUUUUGGGAAGCAGCUCACCUGACAUCGGCGCAUUGUAUCCACAGUAAAAAACAACACAGGAUUCAUUUUGAUUACAUGAAGUCUUUCCUCGAGGCCUACAGAGGGCGGCCCAAGUUUGGUUUGUUUUUCCUCACUGACAUUUCACACAAUAAUUUGAAAUCUAUUUAUCACUGCGCUGAUGAUUUCUCGGCCUUGUUAAGGGAUUUAUCAGAAGAGAACUUGUUAAACGACACUUUGCUGGUUGUGAUGUCAGAUCAUGGCUUUCGAUACGGCGACACAAGGGCUACAUUUCAGGGCAAGCUGGAAGAACGCCUUCCGAUUAUGUCUUUGACAUUUCCACGUUGGUUUCUUCAGCAGUAUCCUGAAUUGAUCCACAACUUGAAAGAAAAUACUGACAUUGUAACGUCACCUUUCGAUUUAUAUGCCACCUUUAAACACGUCCUUAGCUAUCCCCAGGCUCCAGCUAACUUAACAAGGGGAGAGAGCUUGCUCACCACUAUUAAUCGAUCACGUAACUGCGAAAAAGCUGGAGUCGCCGAACAUUACUGUCCAUGUAUUCAGUGGAAAGAGAUCGACACGCAUGCAAUGCACGUGCAACGUGCAGCUCAUGCGGUCGUUGAUCACGUGAACAACUUAACGGCGUCUGAUCCUUUAAGUUUAAGCCUAUGUUCGCGUCUGGAAAUAGACAAAGUUUCAUCAGCUUAUCAAAAACUUCCAAAUAUUAAAGUCGCCCAAUUCCUAGGUUCCAACGACGUGCACGGAAGAAAGCCAAUAUUCUCAAGAGAUGUCCCAGUUAAUGAAUGCUUAUAUCAAGUACAGAUACAGACUGUCCCAGGAAACGGGUUAUACGAAGCAUCAGUGAAUGUGCUGGACGGUAAAUAUCGAGUAACCGGCGAAAUAAGCAGGAUUAACUUGUAUGGCGAACAGCCACGGUGCAUUCUUGAGAAGAGACCAGAUUUACGAAAGUUUUGCCUCUGCAAGGAUUACGGCGGAUAA